CAUUUCUUAUAAGUCUACCGGAUGGAAAAUUCAAUACAAUAGUCUGACCGUCAAUACAAGAUCAUGACCGAUUUCAAGAAAACAAAUAGAAAAAACUUUCGAAAGAGGAAGCAGUCUUCUGACAGUGAUCUGGAUUCAGAUGGAAAUGAAGAGACAAUAUCAAAGCUUGGCGACAUUAAGGAGUUACAAAAGUCCAGAGAAAGGCAGAAAGGUGUGAAUAUUGUGGGACUGGCAUUAGGGAAGAAAAUACCAAAAACUGAGGAUGUUGACAGUCAUGAUCCAUUUAAGAUGAAAACAGGUGGUUAUGUUGACAUGAAGGCAUUGAAGUCACAAGGGACUGUCUUAACAGAGGAAGAAAAAGAUGCUAUUGGUACAGCAUUUGCUGCAGAAACUAACAGAAGAGAUGAGGAUGCUGAAAUGGCUAAGUUUGUAGAAGAAGAACUGAAGAGAAGAAAAGGAGUGACACCGAUUGAGAAGAGAAGACAAUCCAGUACUGAUGAGAAAGAGUCAAUCUUUGAAUUACCAGAGCAUCUUAAAUCUGUAACAUCAAAGUUUAAGAAAUCAGAAGACAUGUUAUCCAAUCAGAUGUUGUCUGGUAUACCAGAGGUCGAUCUUGGAAUAGAAGCUAAGAUCAAGAAUAUUGAGGAGACAGAGGAAGCCAAGCAGAAGUUGAUCAAGGAGAGGAUGAAAAAAAAGGAAGCAGUGUCUGAAUUUGUUCCAACUAACAUGGCUGUCAAUUUUGUACAACAUAACAGAUUUAACAUUGAAGAUACUGCACCAAUAUUGAAAAAGGAAGAACCUGUACCAGUAAAACAAGCUAGAGUUGCCGACCCAGAGUUACGGAAGAAAGAUAACCAUCAGCUGACAGUACAACCAGAUGAGAAAGCAACAGAUAACUUCCAUUUUGACAGAUUUAAAAAACAAAUGAGAAGAUGAUAGAUUACAAAUGAUGAAAGAUAACUGCUAACUUAUGAAUGUAUUGUUACUUUCUUGAUAGUAGUGGUGAUAGGCAGGUGUCAACCACCAGUAUAAAGACAUGCCACUUUGACAGUAUAACCUUGCUGUUGAGUGUUAGUGCUCACUUUGUGUUAUAAAUAUAAUGUACCAAAAUCUAACAAUUGAUAUUACCAACUCUUAAAGCAGGAAAAGCCAACUCAAUAAAUUCAGAGAGAAAAUGUACUAUAUGUACAGUGGAUGGUGACAUUCUUGUCCUGCAACAUGUUUGUACAAUGUACUACUAGUUUAUAUUGACUUAAAUAUCAAUAAUCUUAUAUGAUUGGUGUACUAGUCUUUCAGUGAGAAUUCUUGCAAAUAGAAGAAUUAAUUAGGAUGAAAAUUAUUUGUUCAAAGUAUCUGUUUCAGUGUCAUUAUUGCUGUCUAAAGAAUGACCUAAAUCAAAUAACAAAUAAGAGUAGUCGUUGUUGAGAAUGAUGGUUCCAAAUAAAUGGAUGAAAAUUUCAAA